AGUUGCUUCCUUUUUCUGUUUAGUGUCGGUUGAGAAGAGGUGGGAAGGAGAAAAGACCCUCCUGCAUCCCGGGGAAAGAGAAUGGAGGGCAGCCGCCCAGAUUCCUGGAACUUUUCAUCAAAAAUGGAAGAGAUACUGUCUCUUGUGAAACAAAUGCAAAACGUGGGAAAUCUAGAGCCAAAAAUAGAAGAUCUAGUAAAAAGAAUUAAUAAAUUGCAGCAAGCCAAGAAGAUAUUAAAUGAAGAGAUCUUUGAGGCAAAUGAACAUAGUAAGACACUUCAGAUAGAACUGGAAAAGUUGAAUGCUGAAAAGUCAAGCCUUGAAGAAAUAUGGAAUGAGAAAAAGGAGAUCAAAAAAGUCAUGCAGAUGCAUUCAAAGGAGACACAAGCUGAAAUGCAGAGGGAGCAGAAACUGAACCUUGCCUGCAAGCAACAAAUUGAAGAAAUCACAGCCAAGAUUCAGAUGGAAAAACUGAAGCAGAGGGAGCAGAGAUUCGCAUUUGAGCAGUUACUUGAUGAGUUGACGGAGAAGCACAAGAAUCUCUGGGAACUUUAUGCCAGGGAGAGACCAAUGGCUGACAUGAAAAAGAGUAAGGAGCAGUUACUACUUGAAGAAAAACUAAUCCAAGAGAAACUGGCUCAUGUUCAAGAUGAACUGGAUUUGCUGAGCCAGGUUACAUUGAGUGAAGAGAGGAAGUUUCUGAAAAGCCAGGCAGCUGCAUCUACUUUGGAGUUAUUUCAAGAGGAAAACAAAAAAGCAAAAGGUUAUCUUGAAGCAGCCUCAAAGUACAAUUCUGAUUUGCAGGAGAAAUGCAACAAGUUAAGAAUAGAGCUGGAGGUCUUCGGGAUGGAGGAUGACAGCAUUAAUGAAGACUAGCUUGUAGUCCACCAUACUGCUGUACAGGAAGAAAUGUUUGUGUGUACAGCAGGAGCUUUGCUUUAGCACUGAGAGAAAUCAUCUCCGUGGAACAUUGGAUGUCUUGCUUCACACUUAAAUUUGUGGCAAACCAUUUGCUGUUAAUAAAUUUCUGUUACUUCUGCUGUCAUAAAAA